UUUCCUCUGCACCAUAUGGGCUGCCUAUUUGAGGAUGACCUUUGCAAACCUUUUGAGAUCUGCAUAAAUGAUGGAGUGUUUGGGAGAUGUCAGCGGGUUCCAGUGAUAGACGUAUAUAAAUACGAAAUUUCACCCCCCAUUCUUCAGCACCUAAGGAUCAUCUUAGAGAAGCUUUCACAAAGAGGUUUUACCUGGCAAGAUGACUAUAUGCAACAUGUUAUUGCCUUGGAACUGUCAAACAUCCAUAAAAUCCACCGCUGGCAUCCUGAUUCAUUCCUAACUGAUGGCUCCAAUACAUUAAGGAUUUCAAAGCAGAGAGCUGAUAAUGAAAGGAAUUAUGAGCUGGAAAAGGAUGUGGACUUGGCCAACUCUCUUCAGCAAUAUCUUACCUACCUAGGUAUUCUCUCACAAUCUGCAGAUCCAGAUUUAUAUCCAAGGAUGAAGAAUGACAAAGCUUCUGUCAAGGAUAACAUCCAACCUGACCGCAUUAUAGACUACAUGAUGCAGAAGUCCAAAGGAAAAGCACCUGCUUUGACCCAUCAAAAGUAUGCUGAGAAUCCUGCAGUGAGGACCUUCAAACAGCCUCAACUGGACAACUACCCACUAGAGUCAGAUGCAGAGCUUGACAGAAACGCUCUGAUUGCUGCACUACAGGCCUAUGUCUCUCAAAAGAUGGCAGCACGGAACAACAAUAAAAGCUCCGCUGGCAGGACUAAAUGGUCUAACUUCUAUGUUAACAGGUUCCGUCCAGCUCAGACUGGUCAUUUUGAUGCCAAACAAGAGACCGAAGAUUUUAAAAUGAAGCAGCCAUUCCUGCAGGGACCUGGAGGUGUAGUGCUGGGACCAAGUUCAGAGGUGUUGAGUUAUAAAUCUGCUUCUCAGGGUGAUCCUAAAGAUCCUCUGAAUGAAGUGGAUGAAACAUUUAUUCAGGAUAUAUUGAAGGACCUGAAGAAACACAAGGUGAAUGUGGAUAAUCUUAGCCCACUGGAGCUCAACGAAAUGGCAGAUAUUAUUGCUGAUGCCAUUCAAGUUGUUGAUGUGGAAGAAGAAAAGCAAAGUGGAGCUGGAAAGUUUGAAGGUGUGAGAGCAAAAGCAAAAGUGAAGGAAGUGAAUGCACAAGCAGGAGCAGAUUAUAAGACUGGACUAAUGGAUGCCAAUGUUGACACAGAAGGUAAAGGAGGACAUGGAGAAGAUGCCAGAGCUGAUAAAACGGACAACAAUUUGGGUGUAAAAUUAGUGGACUUCUUGAAUCAGAAUGCAUUAAUAGAAACGCUGCCAGAUAAGCCUACUCCUGAAGAGUCUAUUAAGACUGAAAUCAAGAAAUCAGAAGACUCAGCUGCUGCUUCUUCCUCAGAAGAAGAAAUGAAUGUUGGUGUUGAGAAUGUAAAGAGUGAGACUUUCUCAAGAGAAUUGGCAGCUGAGAAGAAAAGUGAAUCUGAACCUGAGUCUAAAGAGCUGACUGAAAUCCACUACUGGAUUAAGAAUUCUUUGAUGCGGGAUGAAAGUGCCUAUGAAAAACCUGAAAAAAAGAUGGGAGACGGCCUACAGCUAGAAGUGAAGUCAUCUGAGGAAGAGGAAUAUGGCUAUAUCGUGACAGAAAAAGACCCACUGAAUGCGGAAAAGGGUGUGGAGUUAAUAAAGGAUGUGGCAGGUCUCCUGAAGCUGCAGAUGAGUGCUUUUGAUGAUGUCAACAUGCUGGGACCAGCUGUGACCUUCAAAGUGCACUCAAAUGCCCAAAAUAUUACAACUGCAGACGUUGCCAAAGCAGCAGAUGCCAACAAAUACAAGCUUGAAAAAGCUACUGGACUGAAAAUUCUGCAGACAGGCAUAGGGGAGAAAAGCAAACUGAAGCUUCUCCCUCACCGCGCCGAAGAAGAUGAAGACUCCACCAAAUUCAUCAUCCUCACCCUUCUCUCCAUCGCCUGCAUUAUUGGGGUCCUCGUCAUUUCUGGGGUCCUCUACUGCCUCCGCCACCAGUCUCAUCACAGGCUGAAAGAGAAGCUGUCCGGUUUGGGCACCGACACGGGCUCAGAUGCCCCUGCUGCGUACCAGGAGCUGUGCCGUCAGCGCAUGGCUGUAAAAUCAUCUGAUCGACCAGAGCCCCCACACGCAUCUCGCAUAAACAGUGUCUCUUCACAACUUAGUGAUGGGCCCAUUGCCAGUCCCUCCACUCGAAGCAGCACAUCAUCCUGGUGUGAGGAACCAGUUCAGUCAAACAUGGACAUCUCCACCGGUCACAUGAUCCUGUCAUAUAUGGAAGACCAUCUGAAGAAUAAAAAUCGUCUGGAGAAAGAGUGGGAGGCCCUUUGUGCUUAUCAAGCUGAACCCAAUGCUACUACCGUUGCCCAAAAGGAGGAAAAUGUCCAGAAGAAUCGUUCUCAAAGUGUUGUAACAUAUGAUCAUUCCAGGAUAUGCUUGAAAGCUGAGAAUAGCCAUGACAAUUCAGACUACAUCAAUGCCAGCCCAAUUAUGGACCAUGAUCCUAGGAACCCUGCAUAUAUUGCUACUCAGGGCCCUCUUCCUGCUACUGUUGCUGACUUCUGGCAGAUGGUCUGGGAGAACGGCUGUGUGGUUAUUGUCAUGCUGACACCCCUUACUGAAAAUGGAGUCAAGCAGUGCUACCACUAUUGGCCAGAUGAAGGGUCAAACCUCUACCACAUCUAUGAGGUAAAUCUGGUUUCUGAGCACAUCUGGUGUGAGGAUUUCCUAGUGAGGAGCUUUUACUUGAAAAACCUACAGACCAAUGAGACCCGAACCGUGACACAAUUCCAUUUCCUUAGCUGGCAUGACCAGAAAGUUCCUGCUUCCACAAGGUCACUUCUGGAUUUUCGCAGAAAAGUAAACAAGUGUUACAGGGGUCGUUCUUGUCCAGUAAUUGUUCACUGCAGUGAUGGUGCAGGAAGAAGUGGAACCUACAUUCUAAUUGACAUGGUUCUCAAUAAAAUGGCCAAAGGUGCUAAAGAGAUUGAUAUUGCUGCUACCCUGGAGCACUUGAGGGACCAGAGACCAGGCAUGGUUCAGACAAAGGAGCAGUUUGAGUUUGCAUUGACAGCAGUUGCAGAGGAAGUGAAUGCAAUACUCAAGGCACUUCCACAAUGAGAGGUUCAAUCUCCUCGAGGUUCCCUGAGGAUCCAUCCCUCAUUUCCUUAUUCUCAGUCCCUGUGAAUGUUGUUGGAAACCGUGACCUGACCUUAACUGUGUAUCUUCUAUUGUAACCACAUAGUAAUAGGGUCCUUACAAACUUCUAUAGCCAGUAAAAGUUCAACAGUUAAAAUGUGUAUUCUGCUUCUGGUUUUUAAAAUUUUAAAAAAUGAUACCUUGAAGCCUCGGAUUACGUGACAGAACAAUCCAUCUAAUUCCUUUUACACCCUCAGAGCUCUGAAUUUCACACUUUGAAAGCACACGUUCAUGUUCUUAAUAGCAAUUAUACAGUAUUGUGGGUAUUUAGUGCCGUCAAUAUAUUCUCAGAAAACAGUGUUCUGUUAUAUUUUGUAACUUCUCAGAGGCUGAAUAAGAAGAGCAGGGGGCCUGAAAAGGACUGGGAUUGUUCUUACACAAUACCAAACAAGAGCGUGAAACAAUGCCGUGUGUGUUAAUAAACACAGGUCUGCCCUCUUGCAUACAGAGGCUGCGCCUUUUCAUGCUGGGCUUUGGCAAGCGAAUGUUUUCUUAACUGUUGUUUACUUUUCCGCUUUGUUCAAUGAAUGGGAGAAAAUCUGAGCUAUAAGUAAAUAGGCCUGCACAGUUGUCACAACUGCAGAGAACAAGUCGGUCAGGUUAAUGGGAAUCCAAUGUAUAAAGAGCACAACAACACUUAUUAUGUAUCACUGGCCUAGCAGAAAAGGAAGCAGUAACCUCAAGAAGUGGGUUGUAGGCCCAAGAUAGCAACUGGAUGAAUGGCCUGAGCUGUUAUGAAAACAGAUUGUUGAUUUUAUAGGAUUACUGGGGAGAAUGGGGGCGUCUUUAUAUAUUGGCAUUAUUUUCCCCCUGAGAUAGUGUUGUUACCAUUCUU